AUGGUUGGAGACACCACAGCUCAAGAGGCUCAUUUGCUUGAGAGGAGCAUUGGGAUCGAUCUUGACGAGGCAAGCCGAGUCCAAGACAGUGUAUUCGGUAAACGUGGAGGUGUUAAGGAAGUGAUAGAUGCGUUGGCUCUGGCUAGAACCACCGUCUUUGUGUGCAUGCAUUACCACGCCGGCCCAAGCUCCAAGAUCGGUGUGGCAAAUGGAAGUGUAAAGGAUUUUAACUCGGACUUCCAUUUUCUGAGGAGGAUCUACGCAUAUUUCUUGAAUUACAAGCGGCUCUUUUGGACCCCAUGCUACAGCAGCUACAUACAUAUAUAUCAUUGUUAUCAUAAUCAUUAUCAUCACCAUGAUAAUAAGAAACAAUCACAUUGGUGAGAAAUUUAUGUACCUUUGCAAGUGAUGACUUUCCCUUGAGUCUCUGCCAUGUUCUUGAUGUGUUUUGUAAAUUGGAUUUGUCUUCUAUGAACGUAGCUCUACAUCUAUAUAUACGCAGUAUUGGGAUGUAUAUUUGUCUAAAUAUAGAGAGGCUCGAUGUUGAAUCACGUGUAUAAAUAUCCAUAUCGAGUCAAUAAUCCCGAGAGGUGUGGGUUUGAUAAUAAUUGAUAUCAACAAUCUCUAAACGUAAAGUAUUGCUAGUCUCAAUCCCAUUCAAUCUCCGGUUAGACCGGAAUAGUACAUGAUGUCUUACUUUUGUCUGUGUUCCAACUAACUAAUAUUUCAUGCAAAGAUUUAAACAAUUUGUCUUCACAUGAGACUUGUGAACUCGUUUUUCUUUUAUUUUCCUUUAUA